AAGCGUUCAGUAGGUCUUUGACUGUUAUUCGGAAUGGAGUUCCUCGAGGAGUAUUAUAAAUUCAAUCGCAUUCUUCUAUCAGUGACUGGUCUUUGGCCAUAUGAUAAUAUCAAAGUUAGACAACUGCGAUUCAUACUAUUAUUAUUGAUACUGUUAUCCCUUAUGAGUGCUCAGUUGCUGAAAUUAUUUGUUUCGAAAUACCAGCCCGAUAUAGUUCUAAAAGUGUUAUGUUUCAAUAUCGUUAUAGUAAUAAUGACACUAAAGUACAUCACGUUUUAUGCUAUUGCGGACAAAGUAAAAAUAUUUCGAAAGUAUCUCUUGGAUAAUUGGAGCAAUUUAACCGACAAUCAAGAAAUCCAAAUAAUAUAUAAGCAAGCUAAGAUUGCAAAAACCUAUACGAUAUUUAUAACAACGUUCGUUUAUUUCAUAAUUUGUUCGUGCAUUAUAGUGCAAUAUCUUCCCAAUUUAUUUGAUAUCAUCAGGCCAUUGAAUGUGUCUCGUUCGCGCCAAGAAAUCAUUCUAGUCGAAUAUUUUAUUGAUCAACAGAAAUAUUUUCAUAUCAUAACAAUGAACAUAAAUAUUGCAUUAUUCACCGUAGGAACUACCGGAUUAGCUACCGAAACGUUCCUAUUAGCAAACGCAUUAUGUGCUUGUGGAAUGUUUCAAAUAGCUAGUUAUCGUAUGAAAAAUAUAUUAAACGGAAAUGAACUACAGAUAUGCGCUACUAAGAAAUAUACCGCAUUUCGUGAUCGAAUAAUAGCUGCAGUGGACAUACAUAAACGAGCAAUUCAAUAUUGUGAACUCUUAAACAAAAAUUUUGGAUUUAUAUACUUAUUCUCAUUUUUGGGAGUCGUAAUUUCAACAAGCAUCAAUCUGUUUUACGUGCUUCGAAUAAUACCGACAAAAAACAUAUUAGACAUUGUUCUGCAUAUUUUGCUUAUAAUCUUGCAUCUGAUGGCUUUGAUCAUAGCUAAUUAUGCCGGACAGCAAUGUAUUAAUUGCGACUCACAUGUAUACCGAACGAUAUGUAACACGCGAUGGUACAAUGCUCCCUUAAAGACGCAAAAAUUAAUCCUCUUCUUGAUACAGAAAACUACAAAAUGUUACAAAAUAAACGCAGGUGGUAUGUUUAGUCCGAGCUUUGAAGGCUUAGCCACGGUAAGAAAUUCGGAAAUUGAUAUUAACACAAUAAUCAAACAGCUAAAGAAUCCUUUUUUUCAGGGCUUGAGCAUGUCUGUCUCUUAUUUUAUGGUACUUUACUCUAUAUAAAUAAAAUAUCAAAUACAUUGCAAAUAACAUAGUGUUAUUACUUGUCUUUGACAUAUGAUAUUAAUGUUAACAAUAGCGUAAUAAAUAAUAGAAUUAUUUAAAUAUAAAUAAGCAAAUGUAUAAAUUAUUUUACACAUUUGUUGCACACUAAAUUUCGAAGUUCUUUCGUUUAGUCAUUUUAUAUAUUGCUGCUGCUAUAUCGUACGUACGUAUAUACAUACACAUAUAAACACACGCGAUUUUAUCACCAAAAUUUUUCGAUUACUUAAAAUUUUUUAAUUGGACAUAUAUUUAAUCAAGUCAACUUCUCUACACGAUGUUUGUAUUAUUUAAAAGACGGUAAUCUGUCGAUGAUUACUUACUCAUAAUUUGGCUAUUCUCUAUACUGUUGGCCAAAAGUUCGUGGAGACAAAAUAUUUGAACCGAAACACUAUAUUCGCUGUUCAAUUCGUAAAGGAGUGGUAAGUCUUUUCGAUGCAACAUUCUAUUCUCUACUGUGCCUGCGUCCUUUUGAAGAAGGUGAAAAAAAGGAAAUAUUGAAGUGCACAUUAUAACUGAAAAUUACGACAAUUUAGCAAUUUUCAUCUAUCUUCUCAACAAAAAACAGUAUAGCUUAAUUUCCAAAUAAUAUAAUUUUUCUCUUUUCAUUGCAAAUUAUUUUAAAUUACACCAUUUUAUGUGCAUAUAAGUUACUCAUUCAUUUUAAACUUUAAGUGUAGGCUAUACACCUUCAUUAGUCAUGUAAGCACAGAAAGGGACGGGAAAGCAAUUUCUAUAGACCACAAACGUUCAGUAACAUUUCGACUGCCACACGAGAUGGAAUUUCCCGAGGAACAAUACUAUAGAGUCAAUCGCAUUCUUUUGUCAUUGGUAGGGCUUUGGCCAAACGAUAGUAACAGAGUCAGACGGAUUUCAGUUAUAUUAAUGACACUGGUAUGCACAUCGUAUAUACUUAUUCAGGUAUUCGCAUCGAUCCAGUUAACGUAUUUUGUACAUUUUAUCGCGGAAUUCUACUCGUAUGCGUUUAAAAAUAAUUUUGUUUCCGUACGUCUGCACCUACGUUCAUUAUCCUACAACAUGCAAUGUUACUCAUCGUCGCAAUUUAUUAUUUUAUAUGGCUAUUAGAAAAUAUAUGCGUAUAAGAAUUGUAUUAUUCGAUAUCUAUAUUAUAUAACUGGACAUUUGUACAAAAUGUCUUGCACAUAACUCACUAUGUGUAUCAUAAUAAAGGUACAAUUGUUAAUCCAUUUUUCAGUUGCUGAAAUUAACCUUUUGGGAAUAUAAUCUCAAGCUUUAUCUUCAGAUGUUAUGCUUUGAUUUACUAUUUGCACAGUGGAAUUUCAAAUACUUUACUUUUUACAUUGCUAUGGAAAAUGUAAGACCGACAACAAAUUAAUCUGAAAUUAACUGAGUUACGUGCAAUAAUAUUUACCACAUAUUGUACUAAUAGAUAAAAAAGUUGCGAGAACAUAUUCGAAGUAAUUGGAGCAUUCUUAAGGACAAUAAAGAGAUUGAAAUAAUGCGCAAACAGACUAACGUUGGAAGAAUAUCUACGCUUCUUAUAGCAGUAACCGUCAGUUCAGGAAUUAUCAUCCUAAUAUUAAUAGAUUAUAUCAAUAAUUCUUUCCUUAUCAUAACACCACUGAAAGAAUCUCGUAGGCGUCCAAUUUUAAAUAUGACAGAAUAUUUCGACCAGCAGAAAUACUUUUA